GUCACUUCCGCCCAAUUGCAUGAAAAUGCAGGCGGCCAUAUUACUUUAGCAAACACUCAGUAGAAGCAGUUUGUUUACGCUGUGAAGUGCACGCGUUUAUUUACUCAAACUCUCUCGGUGUAACUCGUAGGUAUACUCGUGAGGAUGAGUGGUGGCACGCCGUAUAUCGGCAGUAAGAUCAGUUUGAUCAGUAAGGCGGAGAUCCGUUAUGAGGGGAUUCUUUACACUAUCGACACAGAGAACUCCACCGUCGCCCUUGCCAAAGUGCGCUCCUUUGGCACCGAGGAUCGCCCCACAGACAGGCCCAUCGCACCCAGGGACGAGAUUUUUGAGUACAUUAUUUUCAGGGGAAGUGACAUCAAAGAUCUGACGGUGUGUGAACCUCCCAAACCAACAUGCUCUCUGCCUCAGGACCCUGCAAUCGUUCAGUCGUCUUUGUCAUCUUCCACUGCACCUCCAUCAUCCUUCCAGUCUGGAAACGCUUAUGGACUCUUCAGUCACACACCAGUCGCCACCUACAGUCAGUUUAACGCCAGCCCAUUAGUCUCACCACAGUUUGGGACUGUAGGAGUCGGAAGUUCAUUGGGAUUGUUUGGUAGUGACAUGGGCAUAACGGCAGCGCUGUCUCAGAGCACUGCUAUUGCCUCUGCUUUCAACAAUGAGAUGCUAUGUCCAUUCGAAAAGGAAGGUCGCAGCAGUCCAGCACUUGACCCCCUGCGAAAGACCUCUCCAGUUGAACCUACCGCCCCAUCAGCCCCCGCAGCCACCACCUCUACCCCCACACCAGCGGCCCGCAAGAGCCCUGUGACGACUCGCCCCGCUUCCACCAGCACCCAAAAACCCGUGGACCUCUUGGAUCAAAGGAGGAGUGAGAAUUACAGCACUGAUGGCUCGAAACCAAGUGUUCAAGAGUCCAGUCAGUCCAGAGGAGGAAACAGAGAAGCGUCUAAACGGCCUGCAGUCACCGGUCCUCCCGCUGCUCGGCGUGGUCAUGGUGGAGGUCACCGCGGUAGAGGACGUUUCCCUGUCAGGAGAGAAGGACCUAUGAAGUUUGAGAAAGACUUUGACUUUGAAAGCGCCAACGCUCAGUUUAACAAAGACGACAUUGACAAAGAGUUCCAGAGUAAACUCCGACUGAAAGAUGAACCCAUUGAAGAUAAGGGCGAUUCAGGUGUGGAGACUCAGAACAGUGAAGGAAACGCUGAGGAGGAAGAUCCUCUCCGACAAAACUGCUACUACGACAAAUCCAAAUCCUUCUUUGACAACAUCUCCUGUGAUGACACAAGAAAGACAGGACCAGGUUUCUUCAGAAGGCAGACCUGGGCGGAGGAGCGGCGGAUGAACUCCGAGACGUUCGGGAUCCCGUUACGACGAGGUCGCGGGGGCUACAGAGGGCGCGGAGGGAUGGGAUUCAGAGGAGGCCGGGGCCGCGGAGGCAGUAGGGGGUCGUUUGGAUCUUACGGUGGCGGGAGCGGGUACAGAGGAGGAUACAGAGGAAGUCAAGGAGGAAGAGAAUUUGCCGAUUUUGAAUACAGGAAGGAUAACAAAGUAGCUGCGUAGUGAUCACAGGAGGAGGAUUCAGAAGACCUGGUUUAUUUUGGGAAAGUACAUUAUGGCUUGCACGUUUUGAUGAUAAUGUAUGUGUUAUAAAUCUGUCACCAGCACUGGGGUUUGACUGCUUGAAACCUAGAUCUAAACGCAACAUCUCUCUUAAGGAGAGGAACAAAGGCAAUUUUUUAAAUUGUUUAAUUUUGAAGAUUAUAUUUCCUGGUUAUGAUUUCUAAGCUUUUUCUUAUGCUUAUCCUGUAUGUUAGCUGUAAGGUGCAGUGUAUAUAUAUGCUGUUAUUUUGAUUACAGAAUGAACUUUGGGAUUUAUUGAUCUUGCAGUGUAUCAAAAGGCUACUUUAAUAUCAGUUCAACCUUUUUACAGUACCAUAUUUUUCUAUGUAGUUUAAUUUUUCAGAUUCCCAAGUAGUGAUUCAGUUUUUCCUCCCAACUAUUUUGGUACAUAAAUGUUAAAUAUCUUGUGAACUCCUCUGCCGAGGUCCGAAGUUAAAUGAUUGGAGGCAAGUAUCAGUAUUGAUAAAAUGUUACUUUUAAUGAGAAUGAAAAAAAAAGAAAAAAUAAAUAAAUAAAUGCUAUGCUGUACAUUUUGAGGGAAAUCUUAUUUUUUAAGUACAGAAUAGCACAAUAGAAAUAUAAGGGUCCCACCUAUGCAAAGUGCCCUCAGUGCUAGGUUUAUAUAUUAUAUGAAUUUUGAGUUUAUGAGGUACACUUUGAUAUAUGUAGCACUUUGUAGCAGACGUUUGCUGAUGAGCAAAUGCCUUAAAUUAACUAAAACAAUAAUGCUACUUGGUGUAACUAUGAAAAUGUUUGCUGCAGUUACUUUCUUAUUGGAUUGUCACAUUUGAGCUUUUACUACUUCUGUCAUGGGAAAUGUAAGCGUACAUUCGUUGAUUCACAUUAAAGUAUUCACAGCGAGUCUAGAGCUAGCGGGGAUCUUGCAUCUGCGUCACCAGUGAAUGGUGUCUUUCUGCCCUUGUAUUUUUAAUGUGAAAGACAGAAUGUGUUGUGGAUUAUAAAACAGACGGCUGAUCACUUUAGUUUAUCCAUCUCGUCCACUGCUGUUUAUAUGAUCUUUAGUUUCAGUUGUAGAUCGUCUAUCUAAAGGCAUGCAAUCACUGACUGGACUAGCAUGAUGUCAUGAGACCUGAUGUGUGCAUUGUGAUGUCAUCAAAGCACCACUUUCACUCUUGCUACUGAUUGGGUAUUUUAUUUUGUGAAAUCUGAUAUUUUGCUUUAUUUUCAUGCAUGUGGGGUCUUGCAGUGGAGGAUGUUGGUAUAUAAUAACAUGCAUUUGAUUUAACGGGUUGUGAAACAUCUUUCAGCUAGGUUUAAUUUUUUUUUUUUUUUGGGGGGGGGGGUUUGUGCAUUUGGUAAAGUUGAAAAGUUUUUGACUGACCAGUUUGUCGUCUUGUCUAUCCAUUUUAGAUCUGGCUGUCUUGAGUUGUUGGCAAUUGGCAUCACGACUCGAUGCAUUUUGUCUUGUUAAAUAUUUUGAUAACUGUUGGCAUAUUUGUGUAAAGUUGAUAAUACAAUAAACUUUGGUUUAAAAAUAUAGAGCAUUUUAUAGUGCUUGAUAAGAGCUUGAGAUCAUUUUAAAUUUUGCAUCUUUUCUGAAAUAACUUGUGCUGUUAAGCUUUUAAGAUUUAAUGAUAUUUUGUGCACCAUUUGCCAUGUUAAAAUCUGACUCGAUUUAGUCUUUGUUUAAAGACACUUGAUAUGAAUUGGGAGUUGAAAAGUGGGACACAUGUCCGUUGUGUGCUAAAAAAUAUACUGGUCAACAUUUGAAGUGGAUCAAAACAUUUCAUAAAAUUUUGAACAAUACUCGUUCUUAUCAACUUUGAACAGUUUUGAUCCACUUUAAAUGUUGACUAGUGUAGUUAUGAACACAUGCAGGGAUGUUUUCAGACCAAACGUCCCAGCUAGUAGUAUUGCUACUAUUAUUUCAAUAUCUGAAUUUCAAAGGUUUGUCCAUUUGUUCGAUACCCUAAUAUGUAUGCGGCUCUUUUCAGAAAUGUUAAUGCAGUGCUUGUGGGGCAGAUACUGUUUGGGUAAAGUCUUGUAGGAUCAUCAACACAAUCUUCCCAUCAGGGUUGACAUAAACAUGUUUCUUUUGAAUCCCAGCAUGGUAUCUGUUCACAACUACAUGUAAAGAGUUUUUUACAAAGUGCAAGAAUAAACCGUUUACUGUU